UCCCUCCCACUGGUCUCCCGACCGCCGUACACAAUUUAAGGAAACCCUUUGAAUAUUUGGCCUCCUUUAGAAGCACUGUCAUCAGUGACAAACAUGAAGCAUUCUGUGGUUGGUGACUCCAGGGAUGACGGCUUCAGACCGGGAGGUUCCGCGUGCGUUCUCCCGGAGCUCCUCUAACAACCCCACCUGCAGAGCAUCCCUGAGCGCACUGCACACCCAGGAGUCGUGGCGCCACUUGGCUGCUGGGAAGCUGUGGACCUUCGGUCCGGGAAAUCCGAAUCUAGGGAAGCCUGGAGAGUCACGGAGCGAGUGGCGACCCCGGAGCGGUGGGAUGAGCCGGCGAGCCAGCUGAGAGCUCCGGAGCGGGUCCAGCCACUGCGGGCGCCAUGGCGUCCUGGCUCUGGAGAAAGCUGCGUGGCAAGAGGCGGCUGGUGAUGGCAUUCUGCCUCUUGAUGACUCUGUCUGUGGUGGCUGUCACUCACUUCCCCCCAGAGCGUCCAGCGACCGGCCCAGACCCUGGUCCCAUGGAGCCCCAGGAGGUAACUGGUGCCCUUGGCUCCCACGGCCCACAGGCUCUGAGCUCCAACUGGAGGCAGCGGGCAAGAGACCUAGGGCUCUGGAGGGGCUGGGCCUUGCCUCGAAAUUCCAUCCCGGUGUGUGCUGAGGAGCAAGGCCACAGAGGGCCGGUGGACAGAAGCAGGAAGUCCUUGGGAGGGGACAGCAGGCAUCUAGGGAGGGUCAGGAGAGACAUUACUUUGGCAUCUCUAGGAGAUUGGAGACUUAGUACCCGGCAUCUUGUGCUCCUGAAGGAGGAUGAGGUCAGGGAUCCAGGACCCAAAGACCUAGGUCCCCCCUGGCAUGACGGUCUCAUCAGAGAGGCACAGAAUGAGACUGGCACCCUCGCUGGCCCCCUCACAGGACAUGGCAUGAUGGCUUUACCAGCAUGGAGAGAUACUGCUGGACUGAGUGUCCAGCCCCACCCAGCAGAAGACAGCAAUCUGCCAGGAUGGACUGGUGGGCGACCGGCAGGGCACCCCACCCCAGCUGCAGGGGCUCGCCGCUGGCCGGGCUCUGUUGGGGAGCUGCAAGGAUCUGUCUGGUGCAAGGCUGAGAGCCCUGGUCUGCUGACCGGCUUGAGGACCGGUGGGCAGGUCCCCCCGUGGCUCACAGAGCAUGAUUUGCAAAUGCUCCAGCUCUUGGCCCAAGGGGAGGUGGUGGGCAAAGCCAGGGUCCCUGGCCAUGGGCAGGUGCUUCAGGUUGGCUUCUCCAGUGAUGGGGCCUUUCAGGACGUGUCUUCUGGGCUCAGCCAUCUCUGCUCCCAGGGACUCUGUGGCCUGAUCAAGAGACCUGGGGACCUGCUUGAGGUCUUGGCCUUCCAUGUGGACCGUGUGCUGGGGCUGCGCCGGAGCCUGCCUGCCGUGGCCCGGAACUUCCAGAGCUCCCUGCUGCCCUACCGAUACACAGAUGGCAGUACAAGGCCCAUCAUCUGGUGGGCGCCUGAUGUGCAGCACCUGGGCGACCCAGACGAUGACCAGAACUCUCUGUCCUUGGGCUGGCUGCAGUACCAGGCCUUGCUGGCACGUGGCUGUGGCUGGCCAAGCCAGGCCCCCUGCCUGGGCCUCCGCCACGCCGAGUGGGCAUGCCUGGCGCUCUUCGACUUCCUGCUGCAGGUCCACGACCGCCUGGACCGCUACUGCUGCGGCUUCGAGCCCGAGCCGUCAGACCCCUGUGUGGAAGAGGGGCUCCGGGAGAAAUGCCGGAACCCGGGCGAGCUGCGGCUGGUCCACAUCCUGGUCCGGAGCAGCGAUCCGUCCCGUCUGGUCUACAUCGAUAAUGCUGGCGACCUUCAACACCCUGAGGACAAGCUGAACUUUCGGCUGCUGGAGGGCAUAGAUGGGUUCCCCGAGUCUGCCGUGAAGGUCCUUGCAUCAGGGUGUCUACAGAAUGUGCUGCUCGCGUCCCUGCAGACGGACCCAGUGUUCUGGCAAAGUCAAGGCGGGAGACAAGGCCUGAGGCAGGUUCUCCGGACCCUGGAGCGGCGAGGACAGGUGCUGCUGGAACACAUCCAGAAGCACAACCUGACGCUCUUCAAGGACGAGGACUCGUGAGCCCCUGCGCUGCCGGGGAACGGCCCCCGCCUCGCUCGCGGGGGCCUCACAGGCCCACCUGAGUGGGUGCGCGUCCAUGCCGGGGACCACACUCUCUCGUGCUCCCCUGGCUUGAAGACAAAUGGGAAAAGCCAGAAUGUCACAGAAUGUGUCACCUGCUUGGGAUGGUGAAGGUGGUUGUGGGUGUUGGGUUUUCACUCUUACCACAGUCCUUUCUGCCUUUCCAGCUCUGGCUCUUUACUCCCUUGCACCAAUAAAUAUUUUCAAGAAUGUUC